GCCGACUGCGCCUGCACCUUGCCUGCUGUCUGCUGCCUGCCUGUUGCCUGUAUCCUGCGACAAGCUGGCGUACUGGCGUGCACCACGAGCGCGUCACUCUCACUCUCACGCUCACUUUCACCAUUGCCUGAAGUGGCCUGACCCCCGCCCUGCAUAGCCAUUCAGCGCCCAGCCACCCCGACUUGUCCAGCUUGCACCUCCUAUCUCACCUCCCAUCCUCUGCACGUUCUCUUGUAUCUAUACAUACCAAAGCCCCUCUCCCUUCUCUCCUCCCCCCCCCCCAACACUCUAUCACUUCUCUUUACCUCUUUGUCACGGCCGCGCACCACAACUCGCCAUCACUCCACCAUGCUGUUCCGAACCCUCCUCCUCAGCACCUUGUUCGCCGGCGUCCUUGCUGCGCCCGCGAUCCACAUCCCCGGCCUCUCCAAGCUCGAGACGCCAUCAAAGCUGCAGCCUCGUGCUCCGCAAGCCUCGCGGCGAAUGGGCCAGCGCCGCCGCCGCGCCCACGCCCCACCAGCAAAGAAGGACUACUCGACCUUCCUCUGUCCCGCUGCCGCCGUCGCCUGUCCCGUCGCCGACCUCGACACCAUCACACCCGAAAGCGCCGCCGCGCUCGAGGGCGAGCUUGCCAGCCUAGCAGAUUGGUUCCGCGUCGGCUUCGAGUGUAUCGAGCCCGAAACCGAGCUCAACCAGUGCGGCGGGUGUCUUGCACUUGGCAAAGGACAAGACUGCGCGACCAUUGCCAACGCGCGCGCGACGGCAUGCGACGCAGGCGCGUGCAAAGUCCUCUCGUGCAAGGACGGAUACGUCGUCUCGCCCGAAGGCAAGCUGUGCGUGCGCCCCGACGACCCGCGCCUGCUCGUGCAAUAGUCGUUACCUGGCUAGACUCGACUCCGCCUCCAGAGACUCUUACCGCAUAGCCCUCCUGUAGCAACGCCGCGCCACUACCCUCCCCCAUAUACCUAUCCCACGCCUACCCUCACGACCACGGACAUUCAGUUUCUUAGCAUUGUAGCAUGCCUCGGGCACAAUAAUCGCAUGCAGAGU